UGCCGAUAGUCAAGACUAUACCGCCGCAUGAGUGUCCCAAAUCAAAGGAAGUCAGUGACUCGAACUUCUCAUGGGCUGUUGAAUCAAUAUCACAACCCAGAUGGCCAGAUUUCAAACCCACAAUUUUCUAAACAAGAAUCGCAAAUGGGACUCUCUCAUUCGAGGCCUCUGUGUGAAGCUCAAAGACCCUGAAAAGGCGCUGCUACUAAUGCAAGAUUGCUUGACAAAUCUCGGUAUACUCCCUUCUUCCUUCACUUUUCAUUCACUCAUUCACAGUUUCACCUCUCAGGGGAAGAUGAGUAGAGCAAUUGAGGUGUUGGAGUUGAUGACACAUGACAAAGUCAGGUACCCAUUUGGGAAUUUUGUUUCUAGCUCUGUAAUUUCUGGGUUUUGUAAGAUUUCUAAGCCACAACUGGCUGUGGGGUUCUUUGAGAAUGCCGUGAAUUCGCGGGUUUUGCGGCCGAAUAUCGCAACUUGUACUGCACUACUGGGUGCUCUUUUUCAGUUGGGGAGAGUUAGGGAGGUUUCUGAUUUGGUAUCUUGGAUGGAGAGGGAAGGAUUCGUGUUUGAUGUUGUGUUUUAUAGUAGUUGGAUUUGUGGGUACUUUAGGGAAGGGGUUUUAGUGGAGGCCAUACGGAAACAUAAAGAAAUGAUCGAAAAAGGAAUAGCCCCGGAUACUGUGAGCUAUACUAUACUCAUAGAUGGGUUUUCUAGGGAAGGGUAUGUGGAGAAGGCAAUUGGGUUUUUAGAAAAGAUGAAGAAAGAUGGGUUGAAGCCCAAUUUGGUGACUUAUACAGCCAUAAUGCUGGGGUUUUGCAAGAAAGGGAAAUUAGAUGAAGCGUAUACCUUGUUCAAGAUGGUGGAAAAUUUAGGGAUUGAAGUGGAUGAAUUUAUGUAUGUGACUUUGAUUGAUGGGUUUUGUACAAGGGGGGAUAUAGAUUGUGUUUUUGGUCUGCUCGAGGAUAUGGAGAAGAGGGGGAUUAGUCCAAGCAUUGUUACAUACAAUUCUAUUAUUAAUGGACUGUGUAAAGCAGGAAGAACGUCUGAGGCCGAUGAGGUCUCGAAGGGUAUCGCUGGAGAUGCUGUUACAUUCAGUACUUUGUUGCAUGGAUACAUUGAAGAAGAGAAUGUAAAGGGGAUUCUGGAAACAAAAAGGAGAUUGGAAGAAGAUGGAGUUUGUAUUGAUCUUGUUAUGUGUAACACAAUUAUCAAAGCUUUGCUUAUGGUGGGGGCACUUGAAGACGCUUAUGCAUUUUAUAAGGGAAUGUCGGGAAUGGAUUUGGUUGCAGAUUCUGUUACUUAUUGCACAAUGAUUAAUGGGUAUUGUAGAGUGGGUAGAAUAGAAGAGGCACUUGAGAUAUUUGAUGAGUUUAGGAAGACAUCAAUUUCUUCAGUUUCAUGCUACAAGUGUAUGAUUUAUGGGCUGUGCAGGAAAGGCAUGGUAGAUAUGGCCAUUGAGGUUUUUAUUGAACUCAAUGAGAAAGGCUUAGAAUUGGUUUCAGGCACAUAUACCUCAUUGAUUAAGGCAAGUUUUGAAGAACAAGGUGCAGAGGGAGUCCUGAAGUUUGUUCACAGAAUUGAGAAUUUGGGACGAGAAGCAUUUGAUACUAUAUCUAACAGUGCUAUUUGUUUUUUGUGCAAGAGGGGUUUUUCCCUGGCUGCAUGCGAAGUAUACAUGAGAAUGAGAAGGAAACAAUCAGUUGUUACAAGCAGGUCUUACUAUUCAAUUUUAAAAGGACUUAUUAGUGAUGAUCAAAAGGGACUAGGUUGGCCUUUCUUGAACACCUUUGUGAAAGAAUAUGGCAUAGAUGAACCUAGGGUGAGCAAAGUACUGGUACCUUACAUGUGCAUGAAGGAUGCUGAUAAAGCCCUUUUCUUUCUUACUAAUAUACAAGUGAACACUUCAGCUGUUGCUUUUCCUGUUUCUGUACUCAAGUCACUUAAAAAAAAUGGUAGAAUUCUGGAUGCAUAUAAACUUGUCAUUGGUGCUGAAGAGAACUUACCUGUUAUGGAUUUAGUUGAUUACUCAAUUAUGAUUGAUGUCCUUUGCAAGGAAGGGCAUCUUGAUAAGGCCUUAGAUCUCUGCGCUUUUGUCAAAAAGAAGGGCAUUGCUCUUAAUAUUUAUGCUUAUAAUUCAGUUAUAAAUGGGUUGUGCCGCCAAGGUUGUCUUGUUCAAGCAUUUAGACUAUUUGAUUCAUUAGAGAAAAUUGAUUUGGUUCCAUCUGAAAUUACUUAUGCUACAUUGAUUGAUAGUUUAUGUAAAGAAGGGUGUUUGCUGGAUGCAAAGCAGUUGUUUGAGAAGAUGGUCGUUAAGGGCUUUAACCCAAAUGUACGUGUUUACAACUCAUUGAUUGAUGGCUAUUGCAAGUUUGGUAACAUGGAGGAAGCCUUAAACCUUCUUAUUGAUUUAAAGGCAAGAUGCAUUAAGCCUGAUGAGUUCACAGUAAGUGCCUUGAUUAAUGGCUAUUGCCAUAAAGGUGACAUGGAAGGGGCUCUUGGAUUCUUUUUUGAGUUCAAAAAGAAAGAUAUUUUACCUGACUUCUUGGGUUUCAUGUAUUUAGUAAGAGGUCUAUGUGCUAAGGGCAGGAUGGAAGAGGCCCGGGGCAUCUUGAGAGAGAUGCUUCAAACACGCUCUGUUUUGGAGCUGAUAAACAGAGUUGACACUGAGAUUGAAACAGAGUCAGUAGAAAGUUUUAUUAUCUCUUUAUGCGAGCAAGGAAGUAUCCAGGAGGCCGUGACUGUCCUUAAUGAAGUUGGAUCUAUAUUUUUCCCUAUAGGGAGAAGAUGUAGACCUCAAAAUAGAGCAGAAAAAGAAGAAAAGAUUUAUGAAGGGGUGGCUUUUGGUGCUGUUUCUUCGAAGCAUUCAAGCUUAAAUCAUAAAACGGAUUUGGAUGUUGGACUGUCUAAUGUGAAAAAAGUAGAGAUGGUGGUUGAUGAUUAUGAUAAUUCUGAGAAAGGAUCUAGAGUACCUGACUUCGAAUCCUACUAUUCUCUAAUUGCUUCACUCUGUUCGAGGGGGGAGCUACUGGAGGCUAAUAGAAAGACAAGGCAGAUGCUUUUGGAUAUGGAUACAGGCUGUUAGGAAAGCUGUAGUACUAUUGGCUUCUUUUACCAGCAUUGUAGUUUUCUCCUUUUUCAGUAGACAAGAAGCCUUGCACUUACUGCCUUGAGGGCCGAAGUUCUCAUGCAAGUCUAUUAGAUAGAGGGGUUCCAUGGGAAGGAAAGCCCACAAAGAUCCUCCCCCAGUCACCAAACUGGUCAGGUUGGCUAUUCUGGACAAAUUUCCUAAAUGUCUCCCAACUUGGGUCUUCUGAAUCCUUCCACGGACUACUUGCUUAAUGAAGAUCAAGAUGUUGAAAGUGCUUAGAGGCCAAGAUUGAUCCAGAUUUAUGUAAGAUCAAUCCAUCUCCUGGCUAAGUUUGCAAGCAACUUGGGAUUUCAGUAGUUCUAUCACAUGUACAGGUCAUGUUCUUGCUUCUACAGUUCUCAUUUUGGUCCACGUACGGCAAACUACAGAUUUUCGAUUUCACAUAAAUCUGCUGAUGGGUUUGAGAUCCCAAAAUCCUUGGAUUUCAAAUUAUACCAACUAGGUGGUGCUUCAAAAAACCAUCAUGUCAUGAGAGGAUAUGCAUCUCUGUCUACAAUGUUGUCUCAAUCUCUGUCUCUCUCGCAUAUUACUAUAGAUUUUCAUAAGCAAGGCUUGCCUUUUGUUUUAAGUUCAGAAAUCUUCAGAGUCCCCAUUGGAAGUUGAAGCACCUUAAAAUGGAAUAGCUUUGAGCAUGGAAGUGACACUGGAGUUGAGAUGAUUCUGCAGAAAAGCUUUUAGAAAGAUGUUUCAGAAAUUAUUUUCACAUAUCAAAUGGGAACCUCUUCUCAAACAUUCCCCCCACCCCCCACCGAAAGAGGUUAAAAACUGCAGCGAGGAGGCCCCUGUUGGACAAAGUUUGCAUCAAUGUCUGCAUGUGGAAGAGGGAAACCACCGGCUUCUUCAACUGGAUGACUUCUCCAAAUCUUCAUGUUUUAGUUGGCUUCCCAAUGGAUUAUGGAAAGUAAGGGAAAGCAGGAAAAAAACUGUUCAAUAUUAAUGUAAUUCCUUUUUUAUUUAGAAUGAAGAAUUUAAAAAUAUAUAAUUUUUAAAAAAUAUUUUUGAUCUUAUUUUACAAACAA